CUAUAGCGCCGCUCCACAACAAAGUCCCAUUACUUAAAACCAGCGAAUAAGGGCUGUAUUUCACAUGUGGAUAUCUUGCUCCGAACACAACGUUUAGCUUGAUUUUUAAACAGCACAUUAAGAAAUAAACCCAGGAGGAGUAUGGCCUCCAGCUGCCGGAGACCCGAACACACAGGUCCACCAGAUGUGUUCUACAAUGAAGAAGAAGCAAAGAAAUAUUCCCAGAACUCUCGGAUGAUUGAGAUCCAGACUCAGAUGUCAGAGAGAGCAGUGGAGCUUCUAAACCUGCCAGAGGGACAGGCCUGCUACCUCUUAGACGUUGGGUGUGGAUCUGGUCUCAGUGGAGACUACCUCACAGAGGAGGGACACCACUGGGUCGGAGUUGACAUCAGCACCGCGAUGCUCGAUGUUGCUCUGGACAGAGAAGUAGAAGGAGACCUCCUGCUGGGGGACAUGGGUCAGGGGAUGUCUUUCCGACCAGGCACCUUCGACGGCUGCAUCAGUAUCUCUGCACUGCAGUGGCUGUGUAAUGCUGACAAACGGUCACACAGUCCACCAAAGAGGCUCUACACUUUCUUCAGUACUCUCUACUCAUCUUUGGCCAGAGGCUGUCGUGCAGUUUUUCAGCUUUAUCCUGAAAACUCAGAACAGCUUGAGCUCAUUACCUCCCAGGCCAUGAGGGCAGGUUUCACCGGAGGCAUGGUGGUGGAUUACCCCAACAGCAGCAAGGCUAAAAAGUUCUUCUUGUGUCUGUUCACUGGUGGGACAGGAGUUCUUCCCAAAGGUUUGGGAUCAGAAACGUCAGACAGGACUGUAGCGAACCAGGUUCAGUAUUCAGGAAAAAGAUGUCGGUUUAAUAACAUGAAAGGAAAGUCGGCAAAGAAGGGGCGAGACUGGAUAAUGGAGAAAAAGGAGAGAAGACGACGACAAGGAAAGGUGGUUCGACCUGACACAAAAUACACUGGACGUCAGCGGAGACCUCACUUCUAGCUGUGACUCACGCAGCUGCGCUUUCAUUAGCGCCCAUCUAAACCCAACACACACACACAAUCAAUCACCCCUGGAGCAGUGGCGUGAUUGGACUUUUCAGGUCUUUAAUUCAAGUGGACAAGACGCAAGCAAGAAAUUACAGCAAAUUGCCUUUUAUAUUUGGUCAAGUGUUUAGAUGUUGGUUUGUCACAAGCUGUGAGGAGCUGCAGUUCACGACUGAUUAUGUGCUGCUACAAAAAAAUCAGAGCAGAGGCAAUGUUAUACUAUUAAAACAACUUUUAAAGAA